GGCAAGCGGCUGCCGACCCCGGGCAUGAGCCAGACGCGGCGUCCGUUGCUGGACUAAAGCGCGGACAUGAACCUGCACCAGGUGCUGACCGGGGCUGUGAACCCCGGCGACCACUGCUUCUCCGUGGGCAGUGUCGGCGACCAGCGCUUCACGGCUUAUGCAUCAGGAUGUGACAUUGUCAUCCUGGGAAGUGAUUUUGAAAGAUUACAAAUAAUCCCAGGAGCUAAACAUGGAAAUAUUCAAGUGGGAUGUGUAGACUGUUCAGUGCAACAAGGCAAGAUUGCAGCAUCCUAUGGAAAUGUUAUCUCUGUUUUUGAACCAGUUAGCCUACCAAAGCAAAAGAAAAAUCUGGAAUUAUAUAGCCAGUGGCAGAAAAGUGGCCAAUUUCUUCUGGAAUCAAUAGCACACAAUAUAACUUGGGAUCCUGCAGGCAACCGUCUUUUAACUGGUUCUAGCUGUUUGCAACUCUGGUCCAAUGUUUACUUGGAAAAGCCAACUGAAGAUGAAAAUCCACAUAAAACGGAUCUUAACUUUGGGGAUUGGAGAUGCAUUUGGCAUUGCAAGACUGCUUCCCAAGUUCAUUUAAUGAAAUUUUCACCAGAUGGAGAAUUUUUUGCCACUGCUGGGAAGGAUGACUGUCUUUUAAAGGUAUGGUAUAAUAUAGAAAAUUGGCGGACAGCUGUUACCUCUCCAGAUACAAGUUCAGAAAAACAAUCCCAAGGAGAAAUUGACUUUUCUUUUGUAUAUCUGGCCCAUCCUCGAGCUGUAAAUGGAUUUUCCUGGCGUAAAACAAGCAAAUACAUGCCUAGGGCUUCUGUAUGUAAUGUACUGUUGACUUGCUGCAAAGAUAACGUAUGUCGUCUUUGGGUAGAGACAUUUUUACCAAAUGAUUGCUUGCUAUAUGGAGGUGACUGCAACCAUUGGACUGAACCAAUUAAUUUAACAAAUAACUUCAAGAGAAAUGCUUCCAGUAAAGAACGAGUUCAAAAUGCUUUAGAUGUAAAUCUGAGACAUUUUCGUAGAGGCCGGAGGAGAUCACUUGCCCUUGUAGCACAUACGGGAUACAUGCCACACCAUCAGGAUCCUCAUCAUGUCCACAGGAACACUUCACUGCAUGCCAAUGCACUCUGCCACUUUCACAUUGCAGCCAGUAUCAACCCAGCCACAGGUACUGAAGCACAAAUGUUUUUGGAAUUGAAAACGGAUGAUGGUAUUGAUGAAAAGAAGGAAUUGGGUGGUGAUAAAACGGUACCAAACUCAAGUUUUGUGCCAUUACCAGCAGCUAUCACUGAUCACCAGAUUGAAGUACUUCUGUGCGAAUGGAGUAAAAAUGCAGACAUGCUGUUUAGUAUUCAUCCCAUGGAUGGUUCUUUGCUGGUUUGGCAUGUGGAUUGGCUGGAUGAAUACCAGCCUGGUAUGUUUCGUCAAGUUCAGGUGUCCUUUGUUUCCAGAAUUCCUGUAGCUUUCCCUACAGGUGAUGCAAACUCUCUCUGUAAAAGCAUAGUGAUGUAUGCCUGUACCAAGAACGUUGACUUGGCUAUUCAGCAAGGGAAACAAAAACCCUCUAGCCUCACACGUUCUACAUCAAUGCUUAUCUCUUCUGGUCACAGUAAAUCAACUAAUAGUUUAAAAUUAAGUAUUUUUACUCCAAAUGUUAUGAUGAUUUCGAAGCAUGCUGAUGGCUCUCUGAAUCAGUGGCUGGUCAGUUUUGCUGAGGAAUCUGCUUUUUCUACAGUUCUGAGUAUUUCUCACAAAUCCAGAUAUUGUGGUCAUCGCUUUCAUCUUAAUGAUUUAGCUUGCCACUCAGUAUUACCAUUAUUGCUAACAACGUCACACCAUAAUGCAUUAAGGACACCAGACAUUGAUAACGAAAAGCAACUUUAUGAUGCUGUAAAUACUGAAGAAUGUUCUUUGGCACAACAGAAUAAAAGCACCAUUGACGUGGCAUUUCAGGAUCCUAAUGCAGUUUAUAGUGAGCUUAUUCUUUGGAGGGUUGAUCCAGUUGGACCAUUGUCUUUUUCUGGAGGUGUUUCUGAACUUGCCCGGAUUAAUUCUCUUCAUGUUUCUGCAUUUUCCAAUGUGGCAUGGCUGCCCACUCUUAUACCCAGUUACUGUUUAGGUGCAUACUGCAACUCUCCUAGUGCAUGCUUCGUAGCAAGUGAUGGACAGUAUCUGAGAUUAUAUGAAGCAGUUACUGAUGCCAAGAAACUUCUAUAUGAGCUUUCCAAUCAUGAAAUUUCUAAAUAUGUUGGUGAAGUGUUUAACAUCGUAAGCCAACAGUCAACAGCCAGGCCAGGAUGCAUUAUUGCUUUAGAUCCUAUUACCAAACUUCAAGGCAGAAAAACCCAGCUGCUUCAUGUUUUUCAAGAGGACUUCAUUUUGAAUCAUCUUGAGAAGAAAAGUCUGGGAAGAGAUGUAUCUGAUGCAGGCAACUCACCUAAGGGAUUUUCUGAAAAAUUCUACCUAAUUGUAAUAGAGUGUACUCAAGAUAACCGUUCAUUGUUACACAUGUGGAAUUUACAUUUAAAAUCCAUUCCUGUCUCAUUGGAUGAAAAAGUAGAUACAAAAAUUUCUGAAGCAGUUUGGCAGCUAGAAGAACAUUAUUCUUCUUCUCCAGAAAAGAUCUUAUCUCCUUUUUCACAGAAGUAUCAGGCUUGCAGAGCAAAUCUCCAGAGUACCAGCAAGUUGACACUGUCUUCAGAAAUGGUUUAUAGCCAAGAGUUGCAUUUGCCAGAAGGAGUUGAGAUAAUAAGUGUUAAGCCAUCAGCAGGACAUCUGAGUUCUUCUUCCAUAUAUCCUGUAUGCAGUGCUCCUUAUUUAUUGGCAACUUCAUGCUCAGAUGAGAAAGUAAGGUUCUGGAGAUGCAGAGUAACAGAUGGAGAAUCUGCCACAUCAAAGAAUGGAAAAAUGGAUCUUGUAUAUAUUUGGGAAGAAUGGCCAUUACUUAUUGAAGAUGGACUUCAGAGCAGUAGUAGUAUAACUGUACCCGGUAGGCCUGUAGAAGUUAGCUGUGCUCACACGAAUCGCUUAGCAGUAGCAUAUAAGCAGCCUGCAUCUAAUAGUAGAUCUUCUCAGGACUUCGUGAUGCAUGUCAGUAUCUUUGAGUGUGAGUCUACAGGAGGUUCGUGUUGGGUCCUUGAACAGACAGUUCAUUUAGAUGAGUUAAAUACAGUGUUGGAAUCUGGUAUUAGUAUUGAUAGCAAUUUAGUGGCCUAUAAUAAACAAGAGUUGUUUUUAUCCAGUAAAGAGAGUAUCACAUCAAACACAAAGCAUCUAGUUCACUUAGACUGGAUGUCUAGAGAAGAUGGCUCUCAUAUCCUGACUGUAGGAAUUGGAUCAAAACUUUUUAUGUACGGACCUCUGGCUGGCAAGGUACAAGAACAGACUGGUAAGGAAAGCCUGGCAUUUCCUAUCUGGGAGAGUACUAAAGUUGUGCCUCUUUCUAAAUUCGUACUGUUACGAAGAAUGGACUUAGUUUCUUCUGUAGAAGGCUCUCCACCUUUUCCUGUUUCUUUAUCAUGGGUCCGGGAUGGCAUCUUGGUGGUAGGAAUGGACUGUGAAAUGCAUGUAUAUUCCCAGUGGCAGCCAUCUUCUAAACAAGAGUCUGUUGUAACAGAUUCAUACAGUGGGAGCACUCCAUCUAUAAUAAGUUUAAUAAAGCAGAGUAAUUCAUCAAGUUCUGGAUUACAUCCUCCAAAGAAAACUCUGACUCGAUCCAUGACUAGUCUUGCACAGAAAAUCUGUGGGAAAAAAACUGCAUUUGAUCCUUCUGUGGAUAUAGAAGAUUCAGGUCUUUUUGAAGCAGCUCAUGUUCUUUCCCCAACUUUACCUCAGUACCAUCCCUUGCAGCUUUUGGAACUCAUGGAUCUUGGCAAAGUUCGGAGAGCGAAGGCCAUCUUAUCUCAUCUUGUCAAGUGCAUUGCGGGGGAAGUUGUGGCUCUGAAUGAAGCUGAGUCCAAUCAUGAGCGCCGCCUUAGGUCUCUCACCAUCAGUGCUAGUGGAAGCACCACCAGAGACCCCCAGGCGUUCAACAAAAGUGAAAAUACAGAUUACACAGAAAUAGAUUCUGUCCCUCCACUUCCUUUGUAUGCCUUACUUGCAGCAGAUGACGAUAGCUGUUACACAUCUGUGGAGAAAUCUGUUAAUCAGAAUACCUUAAAUAACUCAAACCAGUUGUCAAAAGAAAAUUAUGAUGAACUUUUUCAGACUUCAGCUUUAAUGACUGACAGUCAUGUGUUAGAGACAGAUGAAGAAAAUACAAAGCCCAAGGUUAUAGACCUUUCACAAUAUAGUCCAACAUACUUUGGUCCUGAGCAUGCUCAGGUUCUUUCUGGCCAUUUACUUCAUUCUAGUUUACCAGGACUCAGCCGGAUGGAGCAGAUGUCAUUGAUGGCCUUAGCAGAUACAAUUGCAACUACCAGCACUGAUAUUGGAGAAAGCAGAGACAGAAGCCAAGGUAAAACUAAAUUGGGUACAGGACUGGAGGAAAAAUACUUCAACUUAUUUUCAAAGCAAAUAAUCUUAGGUAAUUUUUAUAAAAAUGAUGCCACAUUUUUUUUUUGCAAAUAUGAAACACAUGUUUCUGAUAAUCACUAUAUAAUCAUGUUUAUAUUUCUUAUAAACAUUACUUUUGACAUUUCUCUAGGCCUGUCUACUAGUCAUUUUGCUUGGGCAUUUCACUCAGUAGCAGAAGAAGAAUUGCUGAACAUGUUGCCAGCAAUGCAGAAAGAUGAUCCGACUUGGUCUGAACUAAGAGCUAUGGGUGUGGGGUGGUGGGUCCGGAAUACCCGCAUCUUACGCAAAUGCAUAGAAAAGGUAGCCAAAGCAGCCUUUUAUAGAAAGAAUGAUCCUUUAGAUGCUGCCAUUUUUUACCUUGCAAUGAAAAAGAAAGCUGUGAUUUGGGGAUUAUAUAGAUCCCAAAAAGAUACCAAGAUGACACAGUUUUUUGGUCACAAUUUUGAGGAUGAUAGAUGGCGUAAAGCAGCCUUAAAGAAUGCUUUUUCUUUGUUAGGCAAACAAAGAUUUGAACAUUCUGCGGCAUUUUUCCUUUUAGCUGGUUGCCUCAGAGAUGCAAUUGAGGUAUGUCUUGAGAAAUUGAAUGACAUUCAAUUGGCUCUUGUAAUAGCAAGACUCUAUGAGUCUGAAUUUGAUACAUCUGCAACAUAUAAAUCUAUUUUAUGCAAAAAAAUUUUGGGAAUUGAUUCUCCUGUCAGUGAAUUCAAUUCAUUGCACAUAAAUAUGCAUUAUGAUCCUUUUCUCCGGAGUAUGGCAUAUUGGAUUUUGGAAGAUUACAGUAGUGCUCUGGAAACAUUAAUAAAACAACCUAUCAGAGAGGAUGAUGAUGAAGUUAUGAUGUCAGUGUGUAAUCCUGCGGUUUUUAAUUUCUACAAUUAUCUAAGAACACAUCCGCUUUUGCUGAGACGUCAUUUUGGAUCAUCUGAUGCAUUUUCCACACACAUGAGUAUAACAGGAAAAAGUGGACUGGCAGGAACAAUUAGUUUAAGUGAAAGAAGAUUAUUUUUUACUACUGCCAGUGCUCAUUUAAAAGCUGGCUGCCCCAUGUUGGCUUUGGAAGUAUUAUCAAAGAUGCCAAAAGUCAUCAAAAAAACAAAACCUUUUUGUAGGACAUCUAGUUUUCUGGAUACUAGUAAAGUCUGUUCCCCUUCUUCUCCAUUAAAAUUGGAUGCAAGAGAAGAUAAAUCUUCUGCUAUUGAUUGGUCACAAUCCCUGAUGAAUGGUUUUGGAUCUUCUUCAGAGGGUUCCUCAGAGAAGCAGUCAAACUCCACUCUUUCUUUUGACUGGAGCCAACCAAGUGUCGUAUUUCAGGAUGACUCUUUAGAAUUAAAAUGGGAUAGUGACAGUGAUGAAGAAAAUAAGGAUCUCCCUAUUUCAAUGAAAGAACUAAAACCUUCACAGAGAAAGAAAGGAAAAAAAAUUGAUGAAACAAGUUCUAAUUACACAGAAUCUUUCAGCACAUUAGAUGAAAAGGACAUUUUAAGUCCCUCAGAAGAUAUAAUUGCAGUUCAGUUAAAAUUCAGAGCAUGUUUAAAGAUUCUCACAGUAGAACUUCGUACUUUAUCUACUGGCUAUGAAAUAGAUGGUGGAAAAUUGCGUUACCAACUGUACCACUGGCUUGAAAAAGAGGUGGUAGCUCUUCAGAUGACUUGUGACUACUGUUCAGAUGCUGAAAAAUUACAGUCUGCAAUUGGCAAAAAUGGAGAUGAAUUUGAAUUAAGUGAAGAUGCUGAAGAUUUGCUUCAUCAAACAAAAGUGAAGCAACUAAGAGAAAAUUUUCAGGAAAAAAGACAGUGGCUUUUGAAAUAUCAGUCACUCUUGAGGAUGUUUCUUAGUUAUUGCAUACUACAUGGAUCCCAUGGUGGGGGUCUUGCAUCUGUGAGAAUGGAAUUGAUUUUGCUUUUAAAAGAAUCUCAGCAGGAAACGUCAGAACCAGUAUUUCCUACCCCUCUGUCAGAGCAAACCUCAGUACCUCUCCUCUUUGCCUGUACAGCCAGUGCCAAAACAGUAGUUGCCAAUCCAUUAUUGCACCUUAGUAAUCUAACACAUGAUAUUCUCCAUGCCAUAAUAAACUUUGACUCACCACCCCAUCCUGAUAUCCAGAGCAAUAAAGUAUAUGUAAUGCAUACUUUAGCAGCCUCACUUUCAGCUUGUAUUUAUCAGUGCCUUUGUGGUAGUCAUAACUACAGUUCAUUUCAGACAAAUCAAUUUACAGGAAUGGUUUAUCAGACAGUACUGCUUCCCCAUCGACAUUCUUUGAAAACAGGAAGCUUAGAUGAAGCAAUAACUCCCAAUACAUCACCAGCUCAAUGGCCAGGAAUAACUUCUCUAAUUCGGCUUUUGAAUUCUUCUGGCGAGGAAGCUCAGUCAGGGCUUACAGUCUUGCUCUGUGAGAUUCUGACAGCAGUGUAUCUUAGUCUCUUCAUCCAUGGCUUGGCAACACAUUCUAGUAAUGAACUAUAUCGGAUUGUGGCCCAUCCUCUAAAUGAAAAAAUGUGGUCUGCUGUAUUCGGUGGAGGUGCACAUGUUCCCAGCAAAGAACAGACACACUCAAAAGCUUUACCUGUUUCUUCACUAGUGGAAGAAGGAGGGAAACAAAACAAAAAUUUCAGCCCAUCAAAACAGUCUUGUAGAGAAUCUGCUUCCCUGACCUUUUCUUCACCACCAGUAAACCAGGAGUCAUUGACAGUCAAAGAGAAGUUCAUCCCACCUGAGCUCAGUAUCUGGGACUAUUUCAUUGCCAAGCCUUUUCUACCUCCUUCUCAAAGCAGAGCAGAAUAUGAUUCAGAGGAGAGUCUGGAAAGUGAUGAUGAUGAUGAUGAUGAUAAUGACAAUGAUGUUUUAACCUCAGAUUCUCACCUCCAGGAGCAUUCUAAUUCAAAUUCAUAUAGUUGGUCAUUGAUGCGCUUGGCAAUGGUGCAGUUGGUUCUCAACAAUUUGAAGACUUUCUAUCCCUUCGUAGGUCAUGAUCUUGCAGAGCUUCCAGUUAGUUCACCACUUUGUCAUGCAGUUCUAAAAACUCUUCAGUGUUGGGAACAAGUUCUUCUCCGACGACUUGAAAUCCAUGGUGGGCCACCUCAGAACUAUAUUGCAAGUCAUACCUCUGAAGAAAGUUUGUCUGCAGGUCCUGCAAUUCUCCGCCACAAAGCUUUGUUGGAACCUGCAAACACUCCUUUCAAAUCCAGACACCAUCUGGCACUGUCUGUGAAGAGACUUUGGCAGUACCUGGUGAAGCAGGAAGAAAUUCAGGAGACCUUCAUCAGAAAUAUAUUCACAAAGAAAAGGUGUCUAAAUGAGUCAUUAGAGGACAACUGUGAAACCAUCAAAAAUUCUAUGAUGGAGGAACCAAACAUCAAUAAGAUAGAAGCAGAUUUGGGUUAUCCUGGAGGUAAAGCAAGAAUUAUUCAUAAGGAAUCUGAUAUCAUUACUGCCUUUGCUGUUAAUAAAGCAAAUAGAAACUGCAUAGCAAUUGCAUCAAGCCAUGAUGUUCAAGAAUUGGAUGUUUCUGGAAUUCUGGCUACACAGACCUAUACUUGGGUAGAUGAUGAUAUAGAAGUGGAAACCAAAGGGUUGGAGGAUUUCUUGGUAAUACAUGCUCAUGAUGAUUUAACAGCUGUGCAAGGUACAACCCCAUACACACACAGCAAUCCUGGCACUCCAAUCAAUAUGCCAUGGCUUGGCAGUACACAGACUGGCAGAGGAGCCUCUGUGAUGAUUAAGAAAGCCAUUAAUAAUGUCAGAAGAAUGACUUCUCAUCCAACUCUUCCUUACUAUCUGACAGGAGCUCAAGAUGGAAGUGUCAGAAUGUUCGAAUGGGGCCAUUCUCAACAAAUAACUUGUUUCCGAUCUGGGGGCAAUUCAAGAGUUACAAGAAUGAGGUUUAACUAUCAGGGAAAUAAGUUUGGAAUAGUUGAUGCUGAUGGAUAUUUAAGUUUGUAUCAAACAAACUGGAAGUGUUGUCCAGUUACUGGAAGCAUGCCUAAGCCAUACCUGACUUGGCAGUGUCAUAACAAAACAGCCAAUGAUUUUGUCUUCAUUAGUUCAUCCUCUCUGAUAGCUACAGCUGGUCUUUCAACUGACAACAGAAAUAUAUGUUUGUGGGAUACACUUGUAGCACCUGCCAAUAGUUUAGUCCAUGCUUUUACUUGCCAUGACAGUGGAGCCACUGUUUUAGCGUAUGCUCCAAAACAUCAGCUACUAUUAUCAGGUGGCAGAAAAGGCUUUACAUGUGUAUUUGACCUUCGGCAACGACAACAGAGGCAGCUUUUCCAGAGCCAUGAUUCUCCUGUUAAAGCUGUUGCUAUUGAUCCAACUGAAGAGUACUUUGUUACAGGAUCUGCUGAAGGCAACAUAAAGAUUUGGAGUCUUUCUACAUUUAGUCUUCUCCACACUUUUAUCAAUGAACAUGCUCGACAGUCAAUUUUCAGAAAUAUCGGAACUGGAGUGAUGCAAAUUGAGACAGGGCCAGCAAAUCAUAUUUUUUCAUGUGGAGCUGAUGGAACAAUGAAAAUGAGAAUACUGCCAGAUCAGUUCAGCCCACUAAAUGAAGUGUUGAAAAAUGAUGUGAAAUUUAUGCUGUAACAUUUUGACAAUAAGAUGUAUAAUUUAUUACCUAUUCCAUGAUAACCAACACAUAUAAUGUACAGUGAGCACUCUAUGCCACAAAUAAGCUAAUGCUUUCUUAUUUUCAUAUUUAUUUUAUGGAGCUUUGCCCUUGAUGCACUGAUGCCUUAAAAAUUAACAAGUUUAUUCAGAAUUAGACUACAUUGCCUAAGUAGAAUGUGUAAGUAAUGCUAUAAUAAUACAUAUUUAUAGUAUGUUAUAGUGAGUAUGUUAUAGUGUUCAAGGAGUCUUGUUUUCAUACUGUUGUCAAACACUGCUGCAGGUAUCUCUGCAUGAAUUUCUUUUACAGUAACAAUACCAGUUGUGUAAGGUUACACAUCAGUCAUCACUUAAUUCACCACAUCUCACUUCCUUUCUCAAACUCUUCUCUUAAUUAAUGAUAGAUUGAUAUUUCGGUAAAAAUUUUUUAAAUUAACAUCUUCAUUAAAACUGUCAUUGGGACAUCAGUGAUAAAUGAGCCACAUGGCUUAUUCAGUUUUCAUCAAUCUCCCCUCUGGAGUCCAAGUGUGUGUAUAUAUGUAAAAUAUCUUGCACAUCUCAUUUGAACUUAGUUUGUGUAUAUAUGAGAGAAAACAUCAAGUCUUUUCAGAUGUUUUUGUGCCAUACUCAACUACUGCCACUAGAUUAGCAACUUUUUUUCCAUAUUUUUUCUUUUUAAAUUCCCAUUCCAAUUUUCAAGUAAAUUUCAGGAAGAUUUCCAAGAUUAUUAUUUUAAAGAUUACAUUGACUCAAAUAAGUUUUAGCAGGCAAUAACAAUUCUGUGUUGGCAUAUAUGAGACAUUUAAAAAUAAGCUUAUAAAUUUGCAAAAGGAUGUUUGAGCACUAAUGAAACAUUUUACCUAAUUUUUUUUUUUAGGUGCUUUAGUCUCAAAGUUCUGAAAACCCUAUAGCAGUAUUUUUAGAAACAAAUGUGAGACCAGUAAAAUUAAAUAGACAGCAUAUACAAAUGUAAAGUACAUGCCAGACCAACAUUAACAAAAAUAAACUGAACCUUAUAUUUUAUUAUAAUUGCCAAAAUAUAUUAUUAUAAAAUAUGACCAAAUUAUUAAAGAUGCACAGUGCUUUUAACUUAAAUGUGCUAACCCUAAUCUCUCUGUUUUUGUGCUAUACCUUUUUGAUCCAGAAUUAUAGAAAACUUGAUAAAUACUUGAUUUUAACCAAGGAGACUGGAGGCAGAUGGGACAAAGUGUUUAAGGGACAAUUAUAUACUAUUUAACUCAAAUAUAUUUUGUUGAUAGGAACUAUAAGAACAUUUUUAUGUAACAGAAUAUGGACAACUAUUAUCUUGGAAAUUAAAUAAGAAUCAAAUAAAACAAAGAAAUGAAGGGCUGGUAAAAUGAAUUUUGUAAUAUCCUCAGGAUACUUUUAUCUUAAAAGUAUAUUGUUAAAGAUUUUGUAAAUUAUAUUCAUAAUUUUAAGUGUGUUGAGCAAGUAGCAGUGAAAGACACUGUCAUUACAUAGAGAGUUUAUGUGCACAUAACCUAUACCUAUAAAUUGUGCAAUAACAAUAUGUGACUAUUUUCUCAUGGAGAAAUCUGACAGCAUUGCAAACAAUACUAUUGGUUCAUUUAGUUAAUAAGCUUAGUUAACCUUAAGUUAUUUUUCAGUAAUUUCUUCACAAAUCAAGAUUCAAAAGGUUUUAAAUACUUACAAUGAAGUAGAAAAUUUACUAUUAUUAGAAAAAAGGUCUUAUUGAUGAACAGUUAAGCAUUUUAAUUGAGGGUUUAUAUGAAUAACAAAUUACAUAAGUCUAUAUGUAUUUACAUCCAGAGUCAUAAUAUUUUAAACAAUAAUGCAGUGACCUUUUAUUUAAACAUGCUAUUGUUUUAAGUAAUAUUUAUGCCACUUUAGUUAACUUAAUACGUGACAUUUUAAAAUCAAGAAUUUCUGUAUUUGUAUUUGGUUAAUGUAGAAAGAAUUGAAUAGUUUCCCAGAUGCUGUGUUCUUCCUUUUCUGCAGUGUUUUUAAAUUAUUAGGUAAGCACUAUUCGAAAAAGGUAAAAAUAAAAAUAGUUGGAGUGUAUAUUUAAGCAUCAAAUUAUGUACACAUAUAUAAGAUUUUAUCCACAUUAAUGGAGUGGAUACAUCAAAAGAUAUUUAAAUUUUCUGAGAAUGUGGCUUUAUAAUGAUAAAAGAAUUCACAACAUUACAAGUUUUGUUUUCUGAAAUAUAGGAUUUUCCUUGUUUAGAAUAUGGGACGGUCAACUCCAUCCUCCUCCCUUGCUCUCUUGUUGUCUUGCCCAAAUUCAUUUCUUCUUUUCUAUUUCUUUUUUUUUUUUAAGUGUGGCAAUUUCUCACACUGGUCUCAACAGUCAGAAUGUAAUACAAAGAUACCCACUUAAAAGGAUUUAAAAACAAUUCUUAUAAAACCUCUCAAUGGUGGUGAUCUUAUUAACAAGCUUGGAAACCCAGAUGGACCAGAGUUUACCAAACAAAAAAUUUAAAUGUCAUAUGGCAGGGGACCACAGUCAAGGUUAAAAGAAAAGACAGACUAGAAGAAUUCUUUACAUAGUAAUAAGAAAAGUAUUAAUGUCCUUAUAUACAAAGAGAAUUUUAAAAUAAAUUAUUGGAGAAAUACACAAAUAAUUUAUAGAGUAGUCAUUGAAGAAGUCAGGAAGCAUAAAAUAGGUUCAUUCUCAAUAAGGGCUACAGGAAUAUAAAAAAACAAUGUAAUAACAUAUUUCAUGUAUCAUUAGUAUGAAAUCAAAACAAUGACAUCAGUUUUGGUGAAGAUGCAAGGAAAUGGGUACACUGAAACACUGCUGGCAGAACUAAACUACUACAGAGUUACCUAGGUGUGUAUUAGGAUUGAAUUGAAUACACAUGCUUUCACUGAGCUAACUUUGGAGAUUGUCCUAUAAAGGUAAAAGUACCCAGGCACAAAAAUAGUAGUACACAGAUGUUUAUUGAAAUAUCUGUUGGAGCAAAAUGCUGGAAAUCUAAACGUUAAUUUGUAAGUAAAUGGUUGAAUAAAUUGUAGCACAUCUAAUGGAAUAUUCUGUCAACACUAAAGAAUGUUAGAUUUGAACCUUUGUCUGAAAAGAGGUUGGUGAGAAAAAUUGCAAAGUAAAAGUUGUAAUAUCCCAUAUUAUUUCAGUCUUAUAUGUAUGUAGAGGUAUAGAAAUGUGUAUGGAAAAAUACACAGAAAACUUUAACACGGAAGGAGGUAGUAAUUUUCCAAACUCCUUUAACUCCCACUCAAUAAUGUGAUAUCAAAGAUAGUUGUAUGUGGGGAGGGUGACGGGGGGUAGGGGAAUUAUUUUUUUACCAAAUAGGACGAUGACUUUGGGAGCUGCUGUGUUGAGUGAAGUGGUUUUGUGUCAGGAAUAUUCCUCUUUGAAUUGUUGAGGUAUUUUUAAUGCUCAGUAUUUAAAUAACACGGUUAAAAUGUUACCCUUUGGGGUCCUUGGAAAAUGUUGAACAUAGAUUACUUAAAUGUACCCAUCUGUCUUUUAGAAAUGCAUAUAGCUUUUUUGCUUCCGUUAUUUUGAAAGCUAAAUCUGUUUUUGAGUUUUCAUGACUUUUUUCCCAGUGGAAAUGCUUUACUUAUAUACAACUGAUUGUUCAGUAUAUAGUUAUCAUCUAUGUAGCAAAACUUAAGUAGUACAAUUUAUCAGGCUGGGAUAUCUGUUAAAUAAGAUUUUCAAUCUACUUUCCUCUGACAUGCAAAUCACUCAAAGCUCCAGUAUUCUCAUCCUAUUCACCAGGAUCAGACUUGAGCCCCAGGAGCCCAUCAUAUAAAUCAGGUCCAGGUGUGUCUGUGGCACCUUGAAUGAAGUUCCUUACAUAGAGUACUUCUCAGUCUAAAGACCUGUGAACUACAGUUGACCCUUGAACUCUAUGGUUUGGGGGAGAUUUGCAACAAUUUGAAAAUUUUCUCUAGCUUGUAAGAAUACAGUAUAUAAUAGAUAUAACAUACAAAAUAAUUGUUAACUUUAUGUUAUCAUAAACAGGCUAUUAGUAGUUAAGUUUUGGGGGAGUUGGUUAUACUUGGAUUUUUGACUGCACGGGGUAGGGGUCAACACUCCUUACCCCUAAUGCUGUCAAGGUCAACUAUAAUGAGACACACAGUGGUGAGACAGAUAGGAAGCUCCCAUUCUAAAAGGGGGAAAGUAAGAGUUACGUAGUAGUCACUUGUCCAUAGAGAUUCUGAAAUUUAGCUGACACAUGUCACCAGUGCUUGAGUAAUCCUGCUCCCCAGAAGAAGUUCUUCACGGCUCUUGGCUCCACCAUUUGGGCUGGGUUUUUUUUCUACCUCUGAAUCAUCCUUCCAAGGAAGUGGCCCAUGUUUUUAACUGAAUAGUGUUUUCAGCCUAUUUCCUGGCCAGAGAGGUUUUAGGGUUCAGAGGCCUCUCUAUGUUUUGUGCUAUUCCUAUCUAUUACAGUUCAAUCUAAUAAAAUUACUUUUAAAAACUU